UUACAAUAAUCUAUAUUUUUAUAUACUGUAUGGAUUUCGAAUUCUCACUCUAUACGUUAUUAAUAUUCUCUGGUUUGAAAAUGUUCAUAACAUGUAUGUUACCCCAAUUUUAUCACAUGGUACGUUCCAAAAUCAAAAAGCGCGAGAAAGGUCCACAUUCCCGGUGCCAUGGAUGGAGAUGAAAGAACGUUUUUUUUAAAUAUGGAUCCUACAACUACAGCAAUAUUUAAAGCUGCCAAUAUUAUCACGGACAUGCUUCCCAGUCUGUCUGAAGAGGACUUGCUUGAUCUCUUUCCUGGGCCAGAGCCCUUUUUCAGAAGGAGAGCCAUUUGGAGAAUGGCACAUGUUGAAAAUGAGGGUGAAGAGUCAGACCAGGUCCAACCAGGCACCUCCUCUGGACUUUGCGAUGCCAGCACUAUUUCAUCUGGAACAAACCCUGUUUCAAGCCUGUCUUCAUCCUCCAUCAUUAACCCAUCUUCAAACUCAAGAGACCAACAUGGCAUCAGCAGAACUGUUCAGCUUGAAUCUGUCAAGAAGCAGCUUUUGAAAAGGGUCCAGAAUGUGAAUCCUACCAAAAAGAAACAGGGAGCAACUCCAUUAAGAAAGAGGCGCCGGGACAUACGUCUUGGUAGCAGCAGCAGUCAGGAGACAUUUGCUGAUGACACAGAGUCAAGUGGCUCUACUUUGAUCUUGGAAAGAUCACCCCCAGAAUCAAGAAGCAGUCCAGAGGCUACGGAGAUGGCUGAAGAGUGUGAAAAACCUGACAGCCGACAGAACCAGGCAAGACAUAACAAAGUUCUGCAGGAGCUUUACAAGUCUAGGCCCACACCCAACAAAAAGGAUGUAGCCCAGCUGCUGGACCUUGAAUACCAAUCGAGACGGGUUUACAUUGACCCUGAUGUUAUGAAGGAAAAGGACAGAACCACCAAAAUUCUUCAGGCAUAUCCCUGCUUCAGAGAUCUAGAUCAUAUGUGCAUCGGAGCCUCAAUCAAGGAAAGCCCCCCAUCAUUCCUGAACUCAAGAAUCGCUGCAAAAGUUUUCAAAAAAAUGAUGAGGCCUCCAAAGGGACAUAAAGUAAAUCAAACGAUUGCCUUGAUGAAGGCUUUGCCAGACAUGUUCCCAUCACCUGUCGCUUCAUCCAAGAAGUUAGAACAGUCGAGUGAGGUGAUGCUUCACAUCCUAGAGUCUGCAGAACACCCCAACACCUUUCUUCAAUCAAGACCUCUCCUGAGUCCCGUGGUGAUAGUCUUUGAAACAAACUGCAUAGUAGCCAUUGGAACCAUGCCUGUGCUGAUCUUCCCAAAGGAGGACAUAUCUGAUAGUGUGAUGUAUAUCAUGGCAUGUUACUACACCUUUCAUCUGACGUAUUCCAAGUGCAACACUCCUAUCUGUGCCGCAGACAUAAGUUCUUAUGGACACUAUCCAUGCUCAAGACAUGACUUCCUCUUACAAAGAAGCUAUUGCAGAGUGGAAAAAGUUUUUUACUGAGUAGACUUCGACUAUAUUACAAUGUAACUGUGUUGAAAUGUGGCCUGUUUGGCAUUUCACAGUAUCAAUUUAAACUUUCCUGUGUGAUACUCAUUUUAUGCUAUUUACAGCCCUGUUUGUAGUCAUCAUAUGUCUGUCUUUCAACCUAGACAAGCAAUAAGCAUGUUUCUUUCCAUUCAUGUGCUUCUCUACAGUAAAGCAGUUAAAAGGAGCUGGAUUCAUAUCGUCAUUUAAACACAUUUGCGACAUUUUUAUGGUCAAUAUAAAUGCAGGUAUUUUGCCUUAUUUCAAGAAUUUCAAGUAAAUUAUUAUGUAUAAUGAGAAAAGAAUAGUGUUAACUGUUCCCUUAGUAUUCAGAAAAGUACUAUAGUUUUUUGUAGUAUAUUUGGAUGGUUUCAAGAAAUGCAUCCCUAGUGGUUUGGAUAAUUUCAAGAAAACCUUUCUAGCAAAAUCUUAAUUAAAGAAUAUUUUUUUAACAUUUUGAGAAAAAUAAUCUUAUAAAUUCUAUUUAUAUCAGUAGAAAGUUGCUUGAUAUUAGUAAAAAUAUACAAAUUUUAAGAUAUAUGUGAAUCCUAUGAGGUUAGAUUUUUUUUCUUGUUUUGAAAAGUCUAGAUAAGCCACAUUUUCUUGUUCUGUUGGCAGAUAAUUUUUCUUAUUUUAAGUUAUAUUUACCUUAUUUUUGUACUUUUUUUUCUUGUUUUUUAAAGCAGACUUUUUGUAGUGUAAGGGGCAUGCUGUUGAAUGCUGUUUUCCUGUUUCUCUUUAUUUUUUCUUUUUGCCGUCUUACGGCUACAAUUUUUCACCUAUUUUAACCAUUCAACUAUUAAAAUGUUCAACUCCUUCGUCUAAUGCCUGGUAUGACUUUUAGUCCUUUAAAUCCUUCGACUUUUCAAAAGUGAAUACUUUCGUUCGUUUUUUCCACGUAAAAAACGUACUGCGGCAUGACAUCGUUUCAACUCGGCUUCUCCCAAUAAGCCGACACACGACGAGCCUCAUUUAUGUAAAUAAAUGAAUAAAUAAUGAAUUUCUUUAUACCGGCGGCUUAGUGAUGUCACAGAAGUGUUAGCCGCUGGUUAGUCGAGCUCGAUCUCGGUCAUUCUUGGUUGUGAUAUCCAAUCAAAUCACUUACUUGCAACCAAGAUUCGAACCUCUCCUCCAAUAAGCUGUUCUCUAGCGAACGACAUCUCGCCCAAGAGUAACCUAGAAUUACCCAAUCAGUUGCCACGAUGAAUGUCCGGGGCGAUGACAAAGGACUAACCAAUGAGAUGCAAGAAGAGAGAAGAGCGCUUGAAGAAAAAAAAAAAAAAA